GAGGGAGCUGUGGCCGAGGACGCCGAGGCCUGGAGUGGGUGGUAGCCCCGAGCUGGGACGCUCCUCCCUCCACAAUCUCCCCAGGUCUGCAGGGACCGAGGGCCUGCCUACACUGCCUCCUCCCACGCCGUGCUUAGGAACCCUUGCUGGCCUCAGAACACCAGCGCCCUCCUUCUGGUGCAGCCCUGCCUGGCCGGGGGCCCCUCCUCCACAGCCAUGGUCUGGAAGAAACUGGGCUCCCGCAACUUCUCCAGCUGCCCCAAUGGCUCCAUCCAGUGGAUAUGGGAUGUGUUGGGUGAAUGUGCCCAGGACGGCUGGGACGAGGCCAGCGUGGGCCUGGGCUUGAUCUCCAUUCUCUGCUUUGCUGCAUCUACCUUCCCGGUCUUGCUCUGUUGCCCAGGCUGGAGUACAGUGGUGUGAUCUCGGCUUACUGCAACCUCCACCUCCUGACUUGAAGCAAUUCUCAUCCCUCAGCCUCCUGAACAGCUGGGAUUACAGGCGUGCGCCACCAUGCCUGGCUGAUUUUUGUAUAUUUGGUGGUUAAAGAGAAACUGGAACAGUAAAUGGCAGUAUGUAUAAUGGUUAAGAGCAAGACCGGACGCUCAGGUAGGGGUUGAAUCUGAGUGGUAUGGCACGGCUUCCUCCAGGCCCAGUGAGGAGGUCAUCGUGGUAGACUGGACAGCACAGGUGUCUUGAGGACAGAAUGAGUCAACACACAUGCAGAGGGCUCAGAACUGCCCUGGGCCUUACUUAGUGCCACCGCCAGCUUUGGCCUCGUACCCACACCUGGCCAGAAGUCCUAAGAGGGUCCCAGCACCAAGAACCUUUGGGAAAACAGCCAGGGGACCAAAAGCCUACUACCUUGAUAGUGGAGCUCCAGCCAGUUCAUCAAAGCCUACAAGACGGGCAACAUGGACCAGGCGCUGUCCCUGUGGUUCCUCCUGGGCUGGAUUGGCGGAGACUCCUGCAACCUCAUCGGCUCCUUCCUUGCUGACCAGCUGCCCCUGCAGACCUACACGGCUGUGUAUUAUGUCUUGGCAGACCUGGUGAUGCUGACGCUGUACUUUUACUACAAGUUCAGGACACGCCCCUCUCUGUUGUCUGCCCCCAUCAACUCCGUGCUGUUGUUCCUCAUGGGGACGGCGUGCGCCACACGGCUGCUGAGCGCUGCUGGGCCCGUGGCUGCCCCUAGGGAAGCCUUCCGGGGGCGGGCGCUCCUGUCCGUGGAGUCGGGCAGCAAGCCCUUCACCCGGCAGGAAGUCAUUGGCUUCGUCAUCGGCUCCAUCUCCAGCGUGUUGUACCUGCUCUCCCGGCUGCCUCAGAUCCGCACCAACUUCCUCCGGAAGUCCACCCAGGGGAUCUCCUACUCUCUGUUCGCGCUGGUGAUGCUGGGGAACACGCUGUAUGGGCUGAGCGUGCUGCUCAAAAACCCCGAGGAGGGCCAGAGCGAGGGCAGCUACCUGCUGCACCACCUGCCCUGGCUUGUGGGCAGCCUGGGCGUGCUGCUGCUCGACACCAUCAUCUCCAUCCAGUUCCUGGUGUACAGGCGCAGCACCGCCGCCUCGGAGCUUGAGCCCCUCCUCCCCAGCUGACCAGAGCCAGGCUGAGCGCAGGAGGACAGGCACCACCGGAUGCCACACCAGGCAGGGGGAGGCGUGGACAGUGAUGGUACGGCGGCCCUGCAUCAGCCUGCGGGUGGCCUCUGGAUCCUCCGUGGACCGAACCGUCCCCCCAGGAACACACCUUCAGGUAGACCCCGAAGCCUCGAGGCCGGGGCUGGAGCGGAGACCCCAGGGCCUCUCAGGAGACAGUGAGGCUGCCCCUCCUACCACCUACCUCAUUCUGCCUACUCACCCCAGGGGCCACAGCCACAGCCUGCUGGACUCAGGACUGUCCUGUCAACUCCAGACAACCGAGUAAACAGGCCAGGUACGGUGGCUCGCACCUGUGAUCCUAGCACUUUGGGAGGCCGAAGCGGGUGGACCACUUGACGUCCGUAGUUGGAGACCAGCCUGGCCAACAUGGUGAAACCCCAUCUCUACUAAAAAUACAAAAAUUAGCCAGGUGUGGUGGCGCACAUCUGUAGUCCCAGCUACUUGGGAGGCUGAGGCAGGAGAAUUGUUUGAACCUGGGAGACAGAGGUUGCAGUGAACCGAGAUCGUGCCACUGUACUCCAGCCUGGGUGACAGAGUGAGACUCCGUCUCAAAAAAAUAAAAAAGAUAACCGAGGAAACGGUACCUCCCCAUGA